AUGGUAUCCAGAAUUAUUAUCAAUACAUUAUUGAUAGUUGCUUCAUUGGCCGUGGCUAAUGCAGCAUUACAAUGUGUACCUAUCCUUGGAGGAAAGUCGGAAUUCUGUCCAAACCUUCCUUUGGCAGUAUGUGCCGAGAAGAAGAUGGAUAUAAGUUGGUUCACCGAGCGAUCGUAUACCUAUGCCAAGGCAGCUUUCAACGCAUCGAUCAGCUGUCCCCUCGAUGAUGCGAGCCCAUAUAUGACACAGUCAGAGUUCUGCUCAAACUAUCAACCAUGCAACACAAACAGAGACUGUCUGCCACGAUGCUACAGUUCAUGUUCAAGAUGCUUCGACUCUGACACUUGUGACGCAGGUGUAUCAGUCGGAUUCCUUACUGAGAAAUCAGAUACUGCUUGCUUUAAUCCAGGUCAGAGCUCACCAAAGAAGGCUGCACCUGCUCCAGAAGUUGCCAAACCAUCAGCUCCAGAGGUUGUUGAAGAGGCUCCUGCUCCAGCUGCUGAACCAGCAGCACCAGCUGCUGAACCAGCAGCACCAGCUGCACCUGCACCUGCUGCUGAUGAACCUUCUACCCCAGCUACCAAGCCAGAGACUCCAAAGACACCAACUGAGGAUGUUGACGAGGAGACUCCAGCUCCAAAGUCUGAGACUCCAAAGACACCAGCUCCAAAAUCAGAUACACCAAAGACUCCAGCUCCAUCAACUUCAAGCGAGGAUGAGCCCACUGAACCACCUACCAAGAGGCCAACAAUCAAGCCCACUCCCAAACCAACUAGACCACCAAAGAGAGAUAGCUCAGAGGUAUCACCAUCUGACACAAAGAAGCCAUCUGGAAAGCCAGCCAGAAAGCCAACACCAGAGGAAACUACAUUUGGUCGUGUGCCAUCCAUCUUUGAUGAUGAGAGCUCGAGUAUUGAUGACAAAUCUGCCGCCUCCACAGUCUCGACCUCGAUCGUCUUGAUUGCUGGAUUGGUAGUGAUCGUAGCAUCACUUCUGUAA